AUGUGGGUGUCUGUUGUACUGGUAGCGCUGCUGGAAGUAGCUUCACACACUGUGGCAAAGCCCAGAAAUGAUUUCACUCGCUAUCCAUCAUGGAACACCAAGAUGUACCCAAUUUGGAAGGACGGAGACCCACGAUACAAAGAGUCCUGGAAAGGUGGAAAAGUGUCCUUCAAUGUAGGGAAUGAUUCACCAACUCUGACUGGAGCCAAAGUUACCUUCACCAUUGACUUGGAGUUUCCACACAUUCAAAGGGUGCAACCUAAUGGAGAGGUUGUUUGGGCUGAAGACGGCACAGUCAAUGGAACAAAGUACCAUGCAUCUGAGCUGGUAUAUCCAACACAGAACACAGAGUGGGAAGCUGUUUUCCCUGAUGGGAUACCAGUUAAGACAGACAAGAAGCCAAACUAUGUGUUUGUCUGGAAGGCCUGGGGUCAGUACUGGCAGGUGGCAGACGGCCCCUCCUCCUCCCUGACCAUCGAUACAGAUGGCAUUCCACUGGGCUCCUACACCAUGGAUGUUGUUAUCUACCACUACCGGAGCAAAGAGAAGUUCAUUCCUCUGGGAUAUGCCUCCAAUCAGUUCUCUAUCACUGAUCAAAUCCCCUUCGCUGUCUCCCUGGACCAAGUGAACGACAUUGUGGCAGGUGAUAUGCACUUCAUCCAGAACAGGGCGAUUGCCUUCACCAUCACCCUCCAUGACCCCAGCGAGUACCUCAGCAAUGCAGACAUCACCUUUAACUGGGACUUUGGGGAUGAAAGUGGAGCCCUCAUAACCAGAGAGUUGACUGUAACCCACACCUAUAUCAGCUCUGGCUCAUUUAAACCUCAGGUGGUGAUCCAGGCAGUCAUCCCAGAUAAGGCAUGUGACCCACCAGUUGGUACCCCAACCAAGGCCCCUGGUCCACCUACUGAUCAGGGCAUCACAGAUGCAAAUCGACCAAUGACACUGAUAUCGAUGGUAGUAUUUGCCAAGAGGGAUGCUGACCACAAACCUUCUGAUGAUGACUGUGUGAUUUAUCGUUAUGGCUCCUUCUGUACUGACAUUGAAGUGUUUGAGGGCAUUGAAAAAGUAGAAAUAGUCCAAAUGGACACUGCUGUCAUGGCAACACCCAAAAUGGACAAAAAUGUUUUGGAUAUAACUGUUACCUGCCAGGGAAGCCUUCCUAAAGAGGUAUGCAGUGUGAUUCUGGAUGCAGAGUGCUUGAGGCCAAUUCACACAGCAUGCAACAUGGUGGAGCCCUCCAAAGAGUGCCAGCUGGUGUUACAUCACUUCUUCAGUGACUCUGGUGUCUACUGCAUCAAUGUGUCCAUGGCCAAUGAUGUCAGUUUAGCUGUCACAAGUGCUAAAUUCAGUGUAAACAUGGGUUCCAGUGUGUCCCCUUCUGGUACUAUCAUCAUGUUGUGGGGUGUACUUCUGCUUGUUCUAGCAGUUGGAAUAGUGGCAUAUUCCUACAAGUGUUUCAAGUCCUACCAUUGCCUGAAGGAAGGUGUUGUAUCUAGAGGCCCACAGCUCAGCCAGGCUCACAGCUGCUCUGGAGCCUCGAUCAUCUGGAAGCUCCUGAACAGACAAGGAGCUGUUGAUAACUGCCCUCUGCUGCAGGAGAAGCUGGUGUGAAGUUGCAAGUUACAGGCAUCUGGGCUGUCUUUUUAACUUUUUUCUUUUAAAGAAACUUC